CGUUGAAGCUCUUCUUCUUCCUUGUGAAGAGAAUCUUUUACAAGCUUAUGAAUGGUGAAUUUUAGAGAAGAAAGUGUUGAAUUGCUGAUGAUAAGUAUCUAAGUUUAUGUUUUAAUCGUUGAUUAAUGUUCGGAAAAAAGUGUAAUUGAUCGGAGGUUUUGUGCGAAAACUUGAUUUAGCUGACUUCAAUUGGAGCUGUUCUACUUGAAUUACUGUUUCUUUCAGAGAUUUUUGUUGAAUCAGCAAUGCUGGAUUUGAUCUUCAUAAUUGCUCUGUGAUUGCUGUGAUUACUGGUAGUUGGCUGCGUGGAAUUUCCUGCAGGAAGUGAUCGAGUGAAAGUCAUGGCGCAGAGUAAUUGGGAAGCUGAUAAGAUGCUUGAUGUUUACAUUCAUGACUAUCUGUUGAAAAGAAAGCUGCAUAAUUCUGCAAAAGCUUUCAUGACAGAAGGGAAGGUUGCUACGGAUCCCGUAGCCAUUGAUGCACCUGGAGGGUUUCUUUUCGAAUGGUGGUCUGUGUUUUGGGACAUUUUCAUUGCACGGACAAAUGAAAAACAUUCUGAAGCAGCAGCAGCGUACAUAGAGACACAGCAGAUGAAAGCAAGGGAACAUCAACAACAGCUACAGAUGCAGCAGUUGCAGCUCAUGCAACAACGAAAUGCCCAAUUACAGCGAAGGGAUCAAAAUCCCUCCCUUGGUGGUCCUAUAAGCGCUAUAAACUCUGAAGGCGGCAUGAUGGGGCAACCAUCUGCUAGUGUUUUGGCCAUGAAAAUGUACGAGGAACAAAUGAAGCACCCUCAUUCCUUGGACUCGGAGACAUCUUCACCUCUUAUUGAUCCCAAUAGGAUGGCGCUUCUCAAGUCUGCAUCUAAUCAUCAACGCCAGUUGGUACAAGGUAAUUCGGGUAGCAUGUCUGCAGCAUUGCAGCAAAUGCAAGGGCGCCCUCAGAUGGCUGCGGAUAUUAAAACGGAAGUGAACUUGAGUGGUACUCAGAAAUCUUUGCCCAUGGAUCCUUCAUCAAUUUAUGGGCAAGCUAUUCUACAGUCGAAGUCAGGACUCAGCGGUGCAGGCUUAAAUCAAGGUAUGACUGGUUUACCAUUGAAGGGUUGGCCGUUAACUGGAAUUGACCAUUUGAGGCCAAGUGUUGGUUUGCAAGUACAGAAGCCCAAUAUACAGAACCAAAAUCAAUAUCUUUUGGCAUCACAACAACAGCAGGCUCUUGCACAGGCUCAAGCACAAGGUAACCUGAAUUCCCCUAGCUAUGGAUAUGGUGGAUUACCAAGAGGUAACUUCAAUGCAAAAGAUGGUCAGCCACCGAGAAAUGAUGGAUCCAUAUGCUCUCCAGUACAAUCAAAUUCACCGAAGAUGAAAAUGGCCCAAAUUCCACAAUCCUCCUCUCAACAACAGGACCAGUUGCAACAGCAACAGCAGCAAUUGCCACAGAAUGGCAGAAAAAGGAAGCAACAUUCGUCAUCUGGACCUGCCAAUAGUACUGGCACCGGAAAUACUGUUGGCCCUUCACCAAGCUCACCAGCAUCAACUCAUACACCUGGUGACGGGAUGACUAGUGCCAGUAGUCUGCAGCAUGUCGGCAGUGUGUCAAAAAGCAUGAUGAUGUAUGGAGGAGAUGGAACUGGUGGUAUAGCGUCCUCUACAAAUCAGCUGGAUGACUUGGAGACGUUUGGAGACAUUGGUUCCCUGGAAGAUAACGUGGAGUCAUUUCUAUCAAAUGAUGGGGGAGAUGGAAAUAUCUAUGGAACAAUGAAACAAACUAUUACUGAGCACAAACCCGAGUCUUCCAAAGGAUUCUCCUUCGGUGAAGUUGGUUGUAUACGCACAAGGAAUAAAGUCACUUGCUGCCAUUUCUCAUCAGAUGGAAAGCUGCUCGCUAGUGCCGGACAUGACAAGAAGGCUGUUCUGUGGAACAUGGAUACCUUACAAACGGAGACCACCCCAGAAGAACAUCAAUUCUUGAUUACAGAUGUCCGCUUCAGGCCUAAUUCAACUCAGCUUGCAACUGCUUCAUUUGAUAAGUCUGUGAGAUUGUGGGAUGCUGCCAAUCCUGGCUACUGUUUGAAUUCAUACACCGGGCAUUCUUCUCAUGUUAUGUCGCUGGAUUUCCAUCCGAAAAAGAAUGAUCUAUUUUGUUUCUGUGAUAGCAACAAUGAGAUUCGGUACUGGAGUAUUAGUCCAUUCUCAUGUACUAGAGUGUCGAAGCAAGGAGGCAGUGCACAAGUGAGAUUCCAGCCAAUAACUGGUCAGCUGCUGGCAGCUGCAUCAGAUAAGGUGGUCUCAAUCUUUGAUGUCGAAAAUGACAGGCAACUGCAGUCUUUCCAGGGACACACUGGAGUGGUGAACUACCUUUGUUGGGAUCUCAAUGGUGAUCUACUGGCAUCAGUAAGUGAGGAGUCUGUCAAAGUUUGGUCACUGAACACUGGUGAUUGCAUCCACGAGCUAAGUUCAAAUGGAAAUCAGUUCCACUCUUGUGUAUUUCAUCCUAGUUAUUCAGCUCUAUUGGUGAUUGGAGGAAUGAGGUCUUUGGAGCUGUGGAACAUGGUUGAGAAUAAAAGCAUGACAAUUCCAGCACAUGAAAACAUUGUCGCUGCUCUAGCACAGUCACCAGUGACUGGAAUGGUUGCUUCUGCAAGUCAUGACAGUUCUGUGAAGUUAUGGAAAUAAACUAGAAGAGGAUUUGAUGCCGGGAUAUAUAUGCUCCGCUUGAGGUGUUAGGGAAAAGAGUCUUGUGUUGUCUAUGUUGUUGUAGCGUAUUGUUAUCAGAAAUAUCAAUUUUUCUGCUUGUUAGUCGUCACAUUAGAGUUUGGUUUGCUUAAAGCAAGUUGAGCAUACUGAUUGCUGAGCAAUGGUUCGGUAGUGUAAUAACUUCUGCAACUGUUGUCAGUGAUUAACAACUAAUAAUAACAUGAUAU